AUGGCGUCAGGCGAUACAUAUACCCUGGCCUUAAUUAAUUUUUACUGCCGUGAAAAGCUUUAUAAUCAUGUUUGUAAAGUGGCUACCGAUGCUAUGAAAAAAUAUGGCAACGAUAAUAUUUUACACUUUUGGCAUGCAUUCGGUCUUAUUAUGCAAAAUCGUGUAUCUGAAGGAAUGAGAGAAUUACAAGAAAUUGAAGAUGACAAAAAUGUCGUCUUAUGUACAAUUUUGUGCUUAGUUUAUGCACAUAAGAAGAGCAAACUCGUUGAUCGUGAAAGUGUACAACAAUUAGAUGCUAGGCUUAAAACAGAGAGACAAAAUUGUAGCGAUAAAGCACUUUAUUUUGCUGCAAUGUAUUUAUGGCAUAUGAAUAGAAAUGAUAAAGCUCGUGAAUAUAUCGACAGAAUGUUAAAAAUAUCCAAUGGUGCAUCAGAGGGAUUAAUUUUACGAGGAUGGAUCGAUAUUACAAGUGAUAAAGAGCAAUAUGUCAAAAAAGCUCAAAAAUAUUUUGAAGAAGCAUUAAAUAGAUCAGAAUCAUCUACUGAAAUAGAUGCCUUAUUAGGCAAAGCAAAAUGUUUCGAGCUAAAACACAAUUAUACUAAUUCUGUGGAGCUGAUCAAUAGGACCAUAGCCGCCUACCCAAAGUAUACUCCUGCCCUAAUCGAAAAAGCACGGAUGCAAUUAGCUUUGCAAGAAUGGGAUCAAGCCGUUGAUACGUCUCGCAGAACUCUCAUUCAGGAUAGUGAUAACAUCGCAGCAACUAACGUAUUGGUCUUGCAUUCACUGUGUCGCAUUGGUGAUUAUACACAGGCUGUUGACAACUUGGGAGAGUUAAUACUUCGAAUCGAUAAAAAUGAACCAAAGAAUGCAGAGCUUUAUUAUAAAUGCGCAGUAACAUUUUCAAGAUUGUGUGGUCGACAACUUCAAGUUAUACAUCAAACCUACACGCUAACUGAGCGAGCGAUGACUCUUGCUAAAAAUAACUCCAAAUACACGACAGAGGUGGGUAAUCAAUUGCUAUUAAUGGGAAAAACAAAAGAAGCGAUGAACUAUUUUAGUAAAGCUUUAACACUUGAUGGAACAAGUGUACCAGCAUUAAUUGGUAUUAUUAAAUGCCAAAUUGCUGAAAAUCAAUUCGAUGAGGCCAAGCAGCAGCUCGAGCUACUUCAAGAAGUACAACAAUCAAUAGGAAAAGUAGCGGAAGUACCUUAUUUAAGUGCAGUCAUGGCGCACAAGAUUAAUAGCGAUAUUGAAAAAGUCACCGGAAUGUUAAAUUCAGCGGUUGAUAUCCACUUUUCUUCAUUAGGAAGGCUACCUCUUGGAAUGGAAUAUUAUAUGAAGCUAAACCCAGAUUUUAUCAUCCAAAUUGCAAAAAUGUAUCUAGCUAUCGGCCCCAGUGAGCCCGAUACGUUUACCCAACGUAUUCCAGUUAGUCUACGCCGUUGUGGUUCAACAUUGGAUCCGAUCUCUAAGGGGUUGCCUGGACUUCGUGAUGGCCAUUAUCUGCUUGCUAAAGUAAAAUACUAUUCCGGUGCUUUCGAUGCCGCUCAAGCUACAUUACAAAUAUGUCUAGACAAUGAUCAAACAUUUUCUGAAGGCCACUUACUAAUGGCUCAGAUCAAUGCCUAUCAAGGUAAAUUUAAUCUGGCAAACCAAGCAUUAGAUAUGGCUUUAAGCUACAAUUUCGAGAUUCGAGACUCUCCAAGCUAUCAUCUAAUUAAAGCUCGUAUUUUAAAGAAAAAUAACGAGUACGAGGAAGCUCUAAAAAUUCUAAAGACAGCCAUGAAUGUUAGCGGUGUCCGUAAAUCUGAUUCUGCGAAUAAAAAAAGCAAAGCACCUCCAAUUUCUAUAUCUGAUAGGGCAUCGAUUUUCCUGGAACUAGUGGAAGUUCAUAUCACACUUAAACAGCAACCCGAAGCUGCUAAAGUUAUGCAAGACGCACUACAUGAAUUUGCCAAUACAUCCGAAGAAUCCAGACUCAAUAUCGCUAAUGCAGAUUUAGCUCUGGGGCGUGGAGAUAUCGAUCAGGCUCUUUCUAUUCUGCGCAGUAUUACGCCUUCACAUCCAUUUUAUGUUAAAGCACGGGAAAGGAUGGCCGAUAUUUACCUUAACUAUCGGAAAGAUAAACGUUUAUAUGCCAGUUGUUACAGAGAAUUAGCUGAGCAGGAGGCGAAUCCUCAAACGUAUCUUCUUCUUGGUGAUGCUUACAUGAGCAUUCAAGAGCCGGAAAAAGCAAUUGAUGCAUUUGAAGCUGCCUUAAGAAAGAAUCCACACGAUGCAUCUCUUGUCAGUAAAAUUGGUCAAGCCUUAUUUAAAACUCAUCAGUAUAUCAAGGCUGUAAACUAUUAUGAAACGGCCAUAAAAUCGAAUAAUCAGACUUCUCUUAGGAUGGAAUUGGCAGAACUUUAUCUGAAAUUAAAGCAAUAUGAAAAAGCCGUUAGCACCAUUACGGCGGUUGUUAAACAAGAAAAAACCUCUCAUGAUAUUAAUAGCCUAAUGGAAGAAGCUAAAAGUGUUAUGCUUUUAGCUCAAAUCUAUGAAAGAGUCAACAUGCCAAAGCAAUCUCUGGAAGCUCUACAUAAAUGUAUAGAUGCUCAAGAAAAAAUCCUGAAAAGAGUAGGUGUUGAGCAGCCGGAGGCUAGAGAAAAGCAAAGGGAAAUUGCAGCAAAAAUUUGUUGUGAUAUUGCAAAUCACCUAGCAAAUGAAAGAAAUACUGAAGAUGCUAUCUCAUUUUAUAAAAAAGCUUUAUCUUAUUGUAAUGAUCACAUGGAAUCACGCUUAUCUUUAGCCAAGUUAUAUUUACAAAGAAACGAAAUUGAUUUCUGCCAAAAAGAAUGCACGACAAUGCUACAAAUAGAUGAUGAAAAUGUCGAAGCUGCCAUGAUGAAGGCUGAUAUCUUAUUUAUUAAAGGAGACUUCGAAACAGCUACUUUUCAGUUUCAAAAACUUCUUGAUAGAGUACCAAAUCAAUUUUCCGCUCUUGUACGAUUAACUGAUUUACUUCGUCGUGAGGGUAAACUCGAAGACUGCCUUCCCUAUCUUGAACAAGCGGAAAGUGCUUGUUUGAAUUCAUCAAUUGAUCCUGGAUACAACUACUGUCGUGGUUUAUACGAACGGCACAUGAAUAAUCCAUCGGCAGCUAUGAAACAUUUUAACUUGGCUAGAAAAGAUUCCGAAUGGGGUGAAAAAGCAGUAUUUGCUAUGGUUGAGAUAUGUCUAAAUCCGGACAAUGAAACUUUAGGAGGAGAAACAUUAGAAGCUGUUAACGAAGCAGAUGGCAAUAAACAGAGUUCUGCCUUAAAAACCGCUAAUAAGCUAUUAAAAGAAUUAAAGCCAAAAUCAGCCCCAUCUAAGAAACAAUUAGAUCUGUUGGAAAAUUAUGCAUUAAUCUCAACAAAGCAAAAGCAAAGUGUUGAAAAAGCGUUAUCGAGUUUUAUUAGCAUGUUAUCAGAAGACCAAACCAAUAUUACCGCAUUACUGGGAACUGCAACAGCAUAUAUGUUCCUCAAGCAAGUACCUAAAGCGCGAAAUCAAUUAAAAAAAAUUGCUAAAUUGGAAUGGAAUUCGGCUAAUGCAGAAGAUUUUGAGCGAAGCUGGCUCUUACUAGCUGAUGUCUAUAUUCAGUCUGGCAAAUACGAUAAUGCAACUGAACUACUAAGGCAUUGCCUAAAACACAAUAAGUCAUGUAGUAAAGCAUGUGAAUACAUGGGCCACAUCAUGGAGAAAGAGCAAGCCUACAAAGAUGCAUCGGAUUACUAUGAAUUUGCUUGGAAAUUUACAAAUCAAUCUAACCCAGCUAUAGGUUUUAAGUUAGCAUUUAAUUAUUUGAAAGCUAAACGAUUUGUUGAUGCCAUCAAUAUUUGCCACAAGGUUUUGGCUGAUAACCCAGAAUACCCUAAAAUAAAAAAGGAAAUCUUGGAUAAAGCUCGAAAUAACCUUCGAACUUGA